CGCCGAGGUAUAAAGCCAUCAAUGUCAACGAUUGCGAGCAGAACAGUUCAUAAGUUGUGCAAUGAUAUAUGCAGAAGGAAUUGCGUAUCUAUUUAUAAAAUAGAAUAAUAAUUAUUAAUAAUCAAUUUCAUAUACAAGAGGCCGGUACAGGAUACGCCUACAAUGGAUAUACUAGGACUAUUUGAUCUACCAAGAUGGGCCGCUACCAUUGUCUUCUUCCUGUUGACUGUCUGUUUGUACACCUGGUACAAACAAAGCUACUUCAAAAGGAUGGGAAUCAAACAGAGGAAGACCUUCUUCUUUCUAGGGGACAUGGUUGACAUUGUUAAAAAGGGUAUUGGAUACCUUGACUUACAGGAUUACAAGAAAUAUGGAAAAACUUUCGGGACCUACACGGGAAACAGGCCAACAUUGGUGAUCAGUGACCCUGAAAUCAUCAAACAAAUCACAGUGAAGCAGUUCGACAAAUUCACCAACAGAUCGCAAAUGAUAAACUUACCUGAGUUUUGGAAGUCAGCUGUUUCUCUUGCCGAGGGACACACGUGGAGGAACAUAAGGCACACCCUCAGUCCAACUUUUACUUCCGGGAAAAUGAGACAUAUGGGUCCAUAUUUGCAAAGAUGUCUCGACGUUUUCCAUGAAGUUCUCGACAAAAAAAUUCAGGAGUGUCCGGAGGGUUUCGACAUUGACUCCGCGGUCCGUGGAUACACGAUGGACGUUAUAUGUAGUACUGGGUUCGGAACGGAAGUCAGCGCCCAGACAGACCCUGACAAUCCGUUUAACAAACACGCCAAAGCCGCCUUGACGUUUAACCCAGUCAGCCCUACGUUUCUCUUUCUUGUCUUCUUUCCUGAUAUUGCGGGGGCUUUUCCAAAACUGUUUCCUACGAAUUUCGUACCAAAAGACUCGCUCGAUUUCUUCAUUGAUGCUUCAAAAUCAUUUAUUGCCGAAAGAAAAAACAGUAGCUCGAAACACAGAGACCUUUUACAACUGAUGGUAAAUGCCCAGAUUGGUGAAGACGAGAAAACACCAAAUGAAACUCGAACACAAGGUUUAACAGAUACCGAGAUCAUUGCCAACUCCAUCGUCUUUAUGUUGGCCGGCUUUGACACCACUGCCUCAACAAUAGCAUGGAUGCUUUAUGAACUUGCAAUGAAUCCAGAUGCCCAGGAAAAACUCAUAAAUUCCAUUGACCAGGAAAUCGGCGAGAGUAAGCUCUCCUACGAUAACGUGUUUAACAUGCGCUACAUGGACAUGGUAAUGUCAGAGACACUGCGCGUGCACCCCAUAGUGCAAAGAAUAAACAGAGACGCAUCUGAAGAUAUUGAAAUCAAUGGAUUGAAAAUCAAGAAGGGCAUGGAUUGUACCUAUUGUCCGUCAAUACUGCACUUUGCCGAAGAGUAUUGGGAUGAGCCAAACAAGUUUGAUCCGGAAAGGUUUUCUCCCGAAAACAAGGACCGCAUCAACGAAUAUGCCUACAUGCCGUUUGGUCUUGGUCCAAGAAACUGUAUUGGUAUGAGGCUGGCGCAGCUAGAGGUAAAGAUGACCAUCAUCAGCCUUCUCCAGAAAUACAGGAUCCACAAAACGGACCAACUUCAGGUACCGAUGCCCUCUGAUAAGGCAUCUGGCGGCAUCAACAAACCUGGGAAGCCCAUACACCUGCGAUUUGAAAGAAGGAAGUGACGUCAAUCCCGAAAUACCAAAAAACAAUGUGACCGUUUAUAAAGAAACGAACAAACAUGGGCGUUUUGCAACGUUUUUUACAAUACAUUAUUAAACAAGUUUCAAGACAUCAUAUGACAUAAGUAUAGUAUUGAUAAAACCAUUGAUGUAAUCUAUGCAAGUUAGUUGCCGCUAUUUGAGUAACAUUCCUUCGAGAUAGACGAAUUUCUUCUAUUCUACAGUAUCUUUUUACCAGAUAGUAUCUGAUUUAUGACAAAUAUUGCCACUAGCAAAGGAAUACAGGUAAUGCUUUAGAGUAUAAUCAUUAUUGCAUAUCAACCAUCAGUGGUUGUAAUACGGCAUUUUGACUUGUAGAAUGUAUUGAGCUAUGUAUAUUUUGAGGAUAUGACAAUAUCCAGAACAGAGUGUGUGUUUAUUUUUAUAGGAUGCAUAUUGGUCAGUUAAAAUAGUUUUACGAAAGUUGCAAUACGCUGGUCAUUCGAAGAUUUGGUUUCAUUUUCUCUAUUUGUUACUAUUAAGAACAUACAAUGCAAACGUGGUCCUAUAAAGUGAUGCAUUGUGGAAAAUAUAUUUAAGUUAAUUGUUUUGCUUUUUCUUUUGUGCAUUUCUGUUAAUAUUUCUUUCUAUAUAGUAUAGCAUCAACGUUUUCAAUCUUGCUAAAGAUUUCACUUUCCUUUAAUAUCGAUUAGUUUUCAUUGAUUGUAUACUCAGUCAUAAGUUGUUGUUUUUUUAUUUAGAAUUAGUUUUAUAUGAUGAAAUAAAAGCAUAGACAGGA